AAUACCAAAAACAUGGUAGUCUCACGACCCAGGGGCGAGCUGUGCGUAAGGUAUAGUAAUCUCAGAACAUUAGAAGUACUACUUCAUCAACGAGAACAAUAUCUCGUGAUUACAGAAGAGGUGGUCAAGGCCGCAGCAGGAAACUGGAGAAGCAGAAUGCUACAGCCAUGGAUCUUCUUGAGGCCUUUAUGCGCCCAAGUUUUAGUCAGCUUUGUUUCGAUUCUGACAUACGGCAGCUAAACGCAGUAUGAACGCUAAUUGGUGAUGGAUGACCUUGGGAGCUUUGAAGCUCGAAUCUUUUCGGGGUGUGGGUUCACGACCUUCGGCGCUUGGGCGAUGGAGAAUCGUUUCAACUGGUGAUUAUGGUUAGCAUCAAGGCCCCUUGGGCGACGAUCGACUCCCCAAGCUGGGCGUGCGAUAUUAACGCCGGCCUGUCCCCUGUGUCCAGGAGCUUGAGUCACCUUUACGCGAAAAGCGCUCAUCGGCAUGUGGCUCCAGGAGGGGGAGCAACCGGCUACCCCAAUAUGCAAACAUAAGAGGGUCUCCAGACCCAACGAUAUGGCCGCCACAUCAACUCGUCGAAUCCCAUUCUUCGUCCAGUUCUUCCAGACGUGCCAAUCUCCUCACAAUUCAAAGAUGAAGUACCUGGGUCGCCGAAACCCCUUGGGUGGUCUACUGAUGCAGACCACCUUUCUCAUCUCCAACCUGCACUGCCCGACCUGCGCGUCGCACAUCGAAUCCAUCUUUUCCAGGCUGCGACCUGCGCCGGAUUCUGUCCAGGUGUCAAUUGUCUCGCACACGGUCACAGUGAGGCAUUCACGCUCGCUUGACAUCACCACCAUCGCCCAAGCUCUCGAUGAUGCCGGUUAUGACAUCUUUGACCUUGUCCCAGAUCCAACCUCGUCGCAAAGAGACCUGCCAUCCAACUUGCACCAAGGUCUGGAGCCGCCAUCAUUUGAAUACGCUCUUUCCCGAUGGCGUUCCCAUAUCGCCGAGGUCGACGCGGACAAGAGAAGCCGCCACCUCGAGCACUGCCAACAAUGUCAGCCGAGUUCGAAAUGUGCGACAGAAGAGGUUGAGAGUUUUUCCCUUGUUGUCGACCAUCUCCCAGACGUACCCAAGCAGUCCAAAGCCAACUUUGUGGUGGAAGGCAUGACCUGUAGCUCAUGUGUCGGUGCCAUCACCGGAGCACUCAACGAGCGUGUCUGGGUUCGAUCGGCCGAUGUUAGUCUCAUCACUCACAGCGCCGUAGUGAUAUUUGAUGGGGAAGACGUGCAACAUCGUGUCAAAGAGAUUAUCGAUGCGAUUGAAGAUGUUGGUUACUCGGCGUCACUUGACGCGGUUCAAGAAUACUUUGCAUCUCGACCACCCAACAAAAGCGCCCUUGCCGACUUGUGGCAUGCGACGUACGCUAUAGACGGCAUGACUUGCAGUUCCUGCAUCGGGAACAUCACAAGGGCUCUUCAAGACUUGGAUUACGUCUCGAAAGCAGACGUGAGCCUAAUCAACCAUGCUGCCUCAGUUUACUUUGCAGGCAAGGAUCAUGUCGACGACAUCUCCACCACCAUUGAAGGGGUUGGCUACGGCGCCAGACUCGACACGUUGUCUACCGCUGAGUCCCACCCCGAGACAGGUUCAGACCGCACGAUUCCAGUUCGCAUUGACGGGAUGCAUUGCGGGCGGUGUCCCGAUCGCGUCGUACAGGCAAUGAAGCGCGUGAAGUCGGUGACCAUCGAGACCAUGCCAACUUUGAAAGAUCCUAUCUUGACGGUGUCAUACACUCCAAACCCACCGCACUUCACAGUGAGGACAUUGUUAUCAGCAGUGAAGGACACUGAUCCUUCUUUCGAAGUCUCGGUUCACCACCCCCCAACCCUCGAAGAGCGGUCCAGAAAGAUGAUGGCACGAGAACAGCGCCAUAUCCUAUAUCGCGUUGGCUUAUCUGCUGUGGUGGCUAUUCCUGCCUUUAUCAUCGGUAUUGUCUACAUGAAUCUCGUCCCCCAUGACAAUUCGGGGUAUAAAUAUCUCAUGGCAGAGCGCGCGGGGGUUACACGUGCAGAGUGGGCUAAUUGCAUUAUGGCCACUCCCGUUUACUUUUUCGCCGCAAAUCUUUUCCACCGGCGCACAUACAAGGAGUUACGCGCGCUGUGGAGGCCGGGAAGUCAAGUUCCUAUUUUCAAGAGAUUUUAUCGAUUCGGCAGUAUGAACAUGCUAAUCUCUUUUGGAACAUCCAUCGCAUACUUUGCGUCGAUCGCAGAACUCAUCAUUGCCGCAACGCGUACAUCAGCCAUGCCAGCGGACGGGUCCAUGGAAGGGAGUGGGUCAGGCAUGUCCUAUUUCGAUUCAGUGGUCUUCUUGACUCUUUUUCUCCUUAUCGGCAGAUAUAUCGAAGCAUAUAUGAAGGCCCAAGCUGGCGAUGCCGUGGCACAUGAAUAAUCCUCCCCCUGGAACCCCGAGGAUCAGUCUUCAUUACGGCACUGGGUCAUUUCGUUCGACUACGAAAAGUGGUGGGCACAUCGGCUGACCAUGCCUAACUGAUAACCGAGACACAGGCAGGGUGGCAUAGAUUUGAACGACGCCCGAGCUUCACUCUUGAUACGUUGCCUGUACCACAGCUUCAACUCCGGUGGGGGGGAGAAACUAUGAGAGGAGUAUAUGACAGUGCAACUUCCUGAAUUGGCCAAUCUAUGCGAUCGAUGACUACAAAAUCCUCUUGGUUUGUGCUAAAGUGAAAUGUACGAGGACUUAACCUAUUUGUAGCUACGAACCUUAUAAAAGCGUUGAGUGGAUUGAAGCAGUGAAAAGGUUUAGCCCUUGUUUCCCAUCCCUACAGAUCUGCGAGGUUACACUUUUAGGGGUCAGCAUGAGGAUCGCCAUGACUGCCUACGGCCACAAGAAAAGACGCACAAAUUGCGCGCUUCGUAAAGAUCAGGCGUAACUUCGAGGAAUCUUUCAGAGUCGGAAUUGAGGGUCAGAAGUCUUUCGCAAUCCGAAUAACGCAAUGGUUUGACGCCAUUCAUCCAGCCGAGAACGAAAUACUAACCAUGCUCCUCUCGUUACAGUGUCAAUGGGUAUCUUGACAUCUAUCUUGGUAGAAACAUGCUUCCUCAGCCUGGGUAAGGACAGAUUACCUCUCAAAGCUGCAGCGAAAAAGGCGGUUGGAAUGAGCUUGGUCUCUAUGAUGGCGGUGGAGGCGUCUACGAAUUUUGUCGAUUAUCAUUUGGCAGGCGGAAUGGUCAACCUCGACUCUCCUGCAUUCUGGCUCGCCGCCGCUAUAUCUACUUUCGCGGGCUUCGUCACUCCGUGACCAUACAACUAUGCACAGCUCAAACUGUUUGGAAAGGCCUGUCAUUAAAAGGGACAUAUGUAUCAUUGAGUUAAUCUUCCCCUCGGUGAAAUGCCUUCUUUCGUUGCUUUUGUUCAAAGGAGUCGGAGUCCAACAGAGUCCGGUCUUGCGCCUCGUCCUCAGUGUGACCGUAGCAUGUCCUAUUCGUUCACACAUACUGUGCCGGCGAAGCAUUGGACCGAACCUGGAGCUGAAUGGCGAUGGCGAUUCUAUAUUCGCACGAACAUUUCCGAAGUUUGCAGCGUCAAUGUUACGAUGGGCGCAGCACCUGGGACUUGCAGCAUUGUAUCAUAAUUUAGAAUAGUUUUUACGAAGCAAGUGAGAGCAGUUGUGACCAGGCUGAUAAUGAAGUGCUCUGGAAGCCAUCUGAGUCCAUCGACGUCUGUCGACCCUAAGUCCGGCUUCUAGACUUCUCUGCAAGUGAACACAAGCCGUUCGAGAUAUGGUCUACACCCGGAAGAUCCUUAAAUGGGAUGAGUGCCACGUCCCAAGCAACCGUAUAGCAUUGUGUAUCCCAACUUUGUCCUCAGCGAACUCCCGAAGUGGCCUUGAAAUCGUUCGGUUUCGGUACGCCAGCACUGGCCCGGCAAAGUGGACAGGUGGUUCGAGAUUGGAACCAAAGUUGCAAGCAUUGUCGAUGGAAGACAUGCCCGCAUGGUAGGACUCUGGGAUGGUUGGCAUUCUUCUGGGGCAACUGUGAACGAAGGAUAAAUUCUAUGCGGCAAAUAGCACACAUACCCGAAAUGCAAAGUUGAUCUUCGACGGCAUUGCGAAAUGUAUUGUCAAC